GAUUACAGGGAUUUCACGUUUUGAAAAGCGGCGGAGCAAAAACAGACGAGUUGUUUUGCUGUUUUAUAAUUUAGAUCAGUAACCGCUCGAGUAUAUCAUGGCUGUCCCAGGCCCAAACAAGGACAACAUCAGAGCAGGCUGCAAACGAUGUGGAUAUCCUGGUCAUUUGACUUUUGAAUGUCAUAAUUUUGUUCGUGUGGAUCCGAGGAAGGACAUUGUUUUAGAUGUGAGCAGCACCAGCAGUGAGGAGAGUGAAGAAGAGGAACAGGUAGCUGUCAGCAAAGAGAAGGUCUUUGACAGCAGCCAUUCAAAAGGUCUUCCUGCUUUGUCUUAUUCAUCAAGUGAUGAUGAUGAUGAGGAGGAAGUAAGCAAGAAGAAGAAAAAGCACAAGAGUCACAAGAAGAAAGGCAAGAAGGAAAAAAGGGAGAAAGAGAAGGAACCCAAGAAAAACCAUAAAAAGAACGAGACUGAGUCCUCUUCAUCUGACAGCUCUACUGGAUCAUCAGACACAGAAUGAAGCUUUGACAGGACCACAGCAUCACAGCAAAGUGAAAAAACAAACUGGAAAAUACCU